AUGCAGCUGCGCCGUCACAGCAGCGAGGCUCACAAGCUGCUGCUGCAGCAAGCAGCAGCAGCAGCAGCAGCAGCAGCAGAUGCUGCUGCUGCUGCUGCUGCUGGUAAGGAGAUGCAGCAGCAAAGACAAAGGUCUCCUCUUGCAGAAACAGCAGCAAGCGAAACGGAGACAGUUGACACCCCGACAGAGACAACAUAUACACCUGCUGCUGCUGCUGCUGCUGCUGCUGCUGGUGAUGCUCGUGCUGCUGCUGCUGCUGCUGCAGAGUCGGAGACGCAUGCAGCAGCAGCAGCAGCAACAACAGCAGCAAGAGCAGAAGCAACAGCAGCAGCAACAAAAGCUGCAGCAGAGGAGAAACGAAAAUGUCCUGCUGCUCUCCUUCCUAUUUUCUGCUGCACUCAGCAGCAGCAGCAACAGCAGCAGCAGCAGCAGCAGCAACAGCAGCAGCAGCAGCAGCAGCAGCAAGAGCUGCAGCAAAGGUCUUCGCUCGAAGACGUGCUGCGUCUGCUGCCGUCAACGCCGGUAGCAGCGAGGGCCUCUCAUCGCCACAUAUUUCAGCAGCAGCAGCAGCAGCAGCAGCAGCACGAAGAGCAGCAGCAGCAGCAGCAACAGCAGCAGCAGCAGCAGCAGCAGCAGAGCUUGCAUGAUGCAUGCGAACCUGAAGGGCCCUAUCCUAGAUGCUGGGGAGCAGCAGUAUCUAUAGCAGCAGCACAAUAUGUCCUCAGCAGCAGCAGCAGCAGCAGCAGAAGCAGCAGCAGGGAGCCGCUUUCGCAGCUGCUGCUGCUACUGCAGCAGCAGCAGCAGCAGCGGCUACGGCAGCAGCAGCAGCAACCAAAAUAUUUGUAUAUAGGACAAAGAAGAGGCAGCAGCAGUUCAGGUGUACAGGCAGCUCCCUCUCUCCCCCCCUGGCGAGCAGCAUCGCGCUGCUGCAGACAACCAACGCAGCAGCAGCAGCAGCAGCAGCAGCAGCAGCAGCAUGUGCUGCUGCUGCAACAGCAGCAGCAACAACAACAGGUCAUGCAGCACCAACGGCAACACACCAGCCAACAGCAACGCCAAAACCACCUCCAGCAGCAGCAGCAGCAGCAACAGCAGCAGCAGCAGCAGCAGCAGCAUUUGUUGUUUCAGCAGCAGCAGCCCUGGAUGCAGCAGAGGCCCUGGCAACAGCAGCAGCAGCAGCAGCAGACAUGGCUGCAGCAGCACCAACAUCAGCAGCAGCUGCACCAGCAGCAGCAACCGCAUAUCUACCACUUUCAGCAGCAACGUGUGCUGCAGCAGCAGCAGCAGCGACAGCAAUGGUACCCACAGCAGCAGCGGCAGCAGCAGCAGCAGCAGCGGCAGCAGCGGCAGCAGCAGCAGCAGCAGCAGCAGCAGCAGCAGCAGCGCUUUACAUUUAGCUCGAUCCGCUGCUGCAGUAGAAGACUAAAUACAGCAUGGCCACCAGGCAAGCAGCAGCAGCAGCAGCAGCAGCAGCAGCAGCAGCAGCAGCAACUGCAGCAGCGGCAGGUGCUUCAUCCGCAACAACAACAACAACAGCAGCAGCAGCAGCUGCUGCUGCAUACGCGUCAGAGAUGUCGACAGAGGCAGCAGCAGCAGCAGCAGCAGCAGCAGCAGCAGCACUUGCAGCAGCAGCCGCAGCGCCUGCAGCAGUUCUGGCGGCCUGUUGCCCUCAAGAAGCAGUGA